AUGCAGAGAUGGGUUCUGAUCUGUUGGGCCCUCCUGGCUCUGGUGGGUGCAGAUGAGUGUCCAGAUGGAGGCGGAUGUAAACAGCGUCAAACCUGCUGCAGAAGCCCAGCCGGAGGCUUCGGCUGCUGCCCCUUCGAUCAGGCUGAGUGCUGUGAGGAUCACGUCCACUGCUGUCCAGCAGACACGGCCUGUAACUCGGCCACGUCCAGCUGUGUGAAUGCAACGGUGUCCAUCCCGUGGGCGGAGAGGACCUCUGCAGAUCUCUCCUCGGUCUCCAAAUCCUUCCAGAUGAUCAGGACCUCCAUGGACGAGGACUCUGAGAACACGUGUCCCGACCAGUCGCGGUGCCCGCCGGAGUUUUCCUGCCUGAAGGCUUCGACCAAGUUUGGCUGCUGUCCCAUUGCAAAGGGAGUCUCCUGCUCUGAUGGACACCACUGCUGCCCUGAGGGACACCGGUGCAGCAUCGACAGCCGCUCCUGCAUCAAAAAAGAAUUUGAGACUACCGUUUUGUGCAAUGACGGCGUGUCUGAGUGUCCAGAAGGUAUGAGCUGCUGUGAAACUCCAGAAGGAAAGUGGGGAUGCUGUCCAAUGCCAAAGGCUGUGUGCUGCGACGAUAAGGAGCACUGCUGCGCCGAAGGGACGACAUGCGACACCAAAAACAUGAAGUGUAUUUCCACAUCUACCAAAAAGGAGUUACCGAUGUGGGCUAAGUUUCCUGCCAGGCAGAGGGCGGACUGGGAGAACCUGCAAGGUAUUGAAGUCCCGUGUAACGAAACGGCAGCCUGUCCUGAAAACUCUACGUGCUGUAAGAACAAAAAAGGGGAUUGGGGCUGCUGUCAUUUAAAAGAGGCUGUAUGCUGUAAAGACUUCAAGCACUGCUGUCCGAAAGGUACAAAGUGCAACAGGGCUAGAAGGACUUGCGAUGACAACUUGGGUUCUGUUCCUUGGGUUGAGAAGGGACCUACAAUCCCCAGAAAAGAUGUUGAACUCCAGGGGACGAUUGUCCCAUGUGAUAGCACCGUGGGCUGUCCUGAUGGCACCACCUGCUGUAAAACCCAACAAGGUGGCUGGGGUUGUUGUCCUUUUCCACAGGCUGUUUGUUGUGCAGACUUCAUCCACUGCUGUCCAAAAGGUAGAACAUGUAACCUGGCUGCUCAGACAUGUGAUGGUGGACUACUGUCUGUUCCCUUGGUCAAGAAGGUUCCCUCAGUUCCCAGAAAAGAUGUUGAACUGGAUGUGAAGGUUGUCCCAUGUGAAGGCGGUGUCGCGUGUCCCGAUGGCAACACCUGCUGUAAAAACAAAGAAGAUCUCUGGGCUUGUUGUCCGCUGCCACAGGCGGUGUGCUGCAGCGACAGGAUGCACUGCUGUCCCAGCGGCUCCACCUGCACUGAACAAGGCUCCUGUGUGCAGAACCCAGAGCUGAACUGGUCCAACUGGAACUGGUUCUACGCCAACAAGAAGAGAACUCAGACGCUGUGAAAACUCAGCCGUCCGUCAUUUUUCUAAAUAAAUAAAAUCGACCUUAAAUUCUUUGUUAGAAAACUGAGGGAAUUGUGAGGGGAUGCACUUUGAUUCUGAUUAUUUAAAUAACUUUGUCAUCUUGGAGUUUAAAGUUUCUGUCUGCACUAAAAUAUCUACC